UGACCACAUGUAUUUGGUCGUUCAAUAACCAAACAAAAAAUUUAAAUUUAUUUGGUGAAACUAUUAAAUAAAAAGCUUUAAAAUGGAAAAUGAAUCUGCCAAUAUUCAAUUAGUACGGGAAGAAUGUGUUCCUGAUUCGUUGCCUACAGCCACAGUUGCUCCAGUUGAGGGAUUUGCACUGCAAGUUCAGAGCAUUGAAGGUAAUGCAGAUGCAAGCAGGAAAAGUGCAGCAAAAAAGAGGAAACUUAUUGCCAAUGCCAUUAUAAUCAUGAUGGAUUCGAGUUCAUCUGAAAGUGAUGAUGACGAAGAAAUUCAUUUGUGGGAACAGCUUCGACCGAACGAAAUUUUUUUAUUUUAUAACGAAAGAAAUCCAAGAAAUUGUGUUGAGAAUUAUGUAGAGGAAAUA